GACCCUUGUCCAUCACCAUCUUUUUGGAGCGGGGUUUUUCUUCCCUUCUGCCCCAAAAGUUCCAAUCUUUGAUAACACAAAGCAGAUUAAUGGCGAUGAUGAUGCAGCAGCAGCCGCAGCAGAAGAAGAAGAACCCAGAAUCAUCGUUGCCACCAGGGUUCAGGUUUCACCCAACAGACGAGGAGCUCAUCCUUCACUACCUCCAGAAGAAAGUCGCCUCCAUUCCCUUCCCCGUUUCCAUCAUCGCAGAUGUCGAUAUUUACAAGUUCGACCCCUGGGAUUUGCCAGGUAAGGCCACGUUUGGGGAGAAAGAGUGGUACUUCUUCAGCCCGAGGGACCGAAAGUACCCCAACGGGGCGAGGCCAAACAGGGCAGCCGCCUCAGGGUAUUGGAAGGCAACUGGUACUGACAAAAUCAUCUCACUCCCUUCCUCCAUAAUGUCAAGUUCUACUGCUGGCCUUGGAGGGCAAGUGAGUAGCACCAAUAUUGGUGUCAAGAAGGCUCUUGUGUUCUACAAGGGAAGGCCUCCUAAGGGCGUCAAGACCAAUUGGAUCAUGCACGAAUACCGCCUCGCCGAUGCACCCUCCUACUCCGUCAAACCUAUCGUCAAACCAAUCAACAAAGACUCGUCCAUGCGGCUGGACGACUGGGUGCUGUGCCGAAUCUACAAGAAACCUCAGUCCAAUCUAUCUCAUCAAUCAGCUACAACAACAACAACUACAGGAGUUCUGUCUAGUAGUGACCAUGAUCAGGAGGAGGAAGAAGAAGAUGAGGAGCAGUUUGUUCAACAGACGCUACUGCCAUUGUCGAGCUCGAAAAGUACUGCUACUGCUACUACUAGUGCCCCAUUGAUGCCACAGAAAUCGUCAUCCUUCUCCAACUUGCUCGACGCCACGGACUACUCCCUGCUCAGCAGCUUCCUCUCCGACCCACAAUUCACCUUCAACGUCCCUCCUCCUCCUGCAAACCCUAACAACGAUUCGAACUUCGCGUCGAUGGUCAACCACCAGCAACAGCAACAGCAACAGCAACAACCGGGCUUCGGAAGCAUGAGUACUAACGGUGGUUACUUGCACCACAACUUACCCCAGCUCCAGCAAUCCACCCUGUUGAAUGGGGAGAUGAUGUUGAACAGGCCGAAACGGGAGAGGUCGGAUGUUGGGGAUGAUGAUCAUGUGUUGAUGACGACGAAUCCAUUGAAGAGAUCAAUCAACUCAUCUCGCAGCAAUUUCACUAACAACAACAUUAGUAAUGGUGGCAAUGGCAACAAUUGGGGUCAAACUACGUCGUUUCGUGAUAACCUGGCUCCUGCUGCUCAUCACAAUGAUCAGUACGGGUUUCUGAACCAGCAGUUGCUUCUCAGCCAUCACCUUCAGUUCCAGGGUUAACGUGGACAUUUCACAAGUCGCAAUAAUUUAUGGGGGCGGGAAAAAGAGAAAAAAAAAAAGAUGAUUGCUGCACCCAAAAAUAGAAAGGAGGAAAAUGCAAAAAAAAAAAAAAAAGGAUAAGUUUUAGUGGUUGUAGAAGUAGAAACUAAUUCUUGUGAAUUUAUAAAAAAUAUCUGAUGUUGUGUGUGCUUCUUUCCCUUUCCUUUUCCUUUUCCAGUUUCCUCCCUUUAAUUUGGGCUGCAGAUUUGAUCGGUUUCUUUUUCCUUUAAUUUUGUUGGGGAAAAGAAAAUGGGGGUUUUCUUAGACACGUCAUGCACGGUAUCCAGAAGAAGAUACCAUAUUAUUUACGAAAAUUCCAAAACAACAUGGAAUCUUGUGUUAUAUCCGAAAAUUUCUG